AUGUCAGACACUCCCAGGCCUGACUCCUCCUCGGCGGCUCCGGCCAUGGCCCCUUCGUCGAGUUAUUCGCCAGUGUCGUCGUUUGCCACGCCGGGCUCUUCUUCGUCCAAGAGGAAACGUGUCACCAGAGCGUGUGACUGUUGCCGCCAUAAAAAGGUCAAGUGUGACGGGAAACAGCCGUGUAUCCACUGUACGGUGUAUUCGUACAAUUGUACGUAUGACCAGCCGAAUGUCAGGAAUAAGAAGGCUCCGCCUCCAAUGCCGCUGGAUCCACAGCUGAACCCGCUUCUCAAGCUGCUUCUGAUGAAUAGGGCUGCUUCAUCUACGCUGAACUCGGUUCCGAACCUCCACCUUUGCCAGGGCUUGGUGCAGCUUUUAUUUCCUAAAUUGAAUAUCAACUUGAUGGAUGACCUGCGGCUGCCGUUCGAUUUACCUAAACUACAACGUAUCGUGGGGUACCUCCAGCAGAAGAAUCCGUCUAGUAUCAAUGUGAGGGAGAUUUCUGAUCUUUACUUGGAGGCUGGCACGCCGAACGCUUCGCCAAUUAACCAGCUAGAUCCGUACGUCAGCACGACGGCGCUGAAUGAAGAUUCCCUCGGCGCAGAGAUCAAAAUCAUCUUGCCUCCGAAAGAAGUGGCUCUUCAGCUUAUCUUCACUACAUGGUCAAAAGCUUGUGUUUUGUUCAGAUUCUACCACAGACCAUCUUUGCUUGAAGAGGUGGACUUGCUUUAUAGCAUGGAUCCGCUUUACUAUACCAACAGACAGCAGAAGUUCUUGCCGUUCAUGUACUCCAUCUUGGCCUGUGGGUCAUUGUUUUCCAGACUGCUGUAUACGAACUCGCUGUCUGACCAUUCGCUUGAAGAUGACGGGUUCCAGUAUUUCCUCGAGGCUCGGAAACUUAUCGAUAUUACCAACGUUGGAGACAUCCCUUCCAUUCAGACCAUUGUCAUGAUGAUCAUAUAUUUGCAGUGCUCCGCUCGUCUUUCUACAUGCUACUCAUACAUUGGUAUUGCCUUGAGAAGUGCAUUGAAGGAAGGUCUCCACAGGAACUUGUCCAUUUUCCAGUCCUCCAAGCGUAAGCUAGAUCCGAUCGAGGUUGAUACGAGGAAACGUUUAUUCUACACGAUCUACAAGAUGGAUAUCUAUAUCAAUUCCCUUCUAGGGCUUUCGCAAUCUAUUAGUGAAGAUGAAUACGACCAGAACUUCCCUGUUGAACUCGACGACGAGUUCAUUACUCGUGACAGCUACUUAUUCGACAAACAACAAGGAAGGCUCUCUUCGUCUGGCUGUGCCAACCAUCACACUAAGCUCACCAUUAUCCUUUCGCAUAUUGUGAAGGAACUAUAUCCAAUCAAAAUCAAGUCUAAGCUGCCAGAGAGGGUGGUUUCAGACAAAAUGCAUGAUAAGGUUACUGAACUCGAGUUUGAAUUGAAACAAUGGCUAGAUAACCUUCCUCCAGAACUUAAGCCAACCGAUCCUAAUGACCCAGAAAGCAGCAAGAAGAUUCCAGACCGUUUCUUGCUUGCCAAUUACUACCUCCAUUUAUCCUUCUUGAACUGUCAGAACAACUUGUACAGACCAUUUAUCCAUUAUAUCAGCAAUGGAUACCAGGCAACGAAUUCCGACCCAAGAUCGCUUAUCAGAGGCCGUAACUGUAUCAAGGUUGCCCGUAUGGUUGUCAAGCUUGCAAAUAAGAUGAUCAACCAGAAUCUUUUGGUUGGUACUUACUGGUUCUCCAUGUACACUAUCUUCUUUUCCAUCGCGUGCUUGAUUUAUUACUUCCAUUUUGCCAACUACAACAACCAGCACAAGAAUAACCGUGGUAUGAAUUAUGCUGGUGUUUUGUUUGAUGAUGAUUUGAACAUCGAGAUGAUCAAGGAGGACAUUGAAAUUGGUAGAAAGGUGUUGGAUACUUUAAAGAACAUGUCCAAUGCGUCGCUCAGAAUCUACAACAUCUUGAAUAACUUGUUUGAGCAGUUGAACAGAAGAACCGCGGACACUUCAAUGAAGACAAACUUCAGAAACAGCGCAUCUAUCGAGGCUAAUGAUGAUACUGUCCAGCUCACGCUUCGUAAUUUCGAUGACAUCAACGAUUUCCGUGAAGGUCGGACACUGGAAGCACCAGUGCUGGAGGAAUUUGGUCUCAUUGAUCUGACUAAAGAUACCAUGACCAACCAGUAUACUGAGCUCUUUGACAGAAGUGCACAAAUUGCGGCCGAACAAGAGAAAGCAGCAGCAGCUGAGCAGGACCAGUUGCAGAACACAAGCGUACCGCAGAAUUAUCAAAACCAAGCACCAAAGCAAGAGGAGGAUGACGGUAUUAAUCCUUACAACCAGGCCAGUCAAGCCAAUCAACCGAAUCAAACCACCCCAGGGAAGCCCGAGAAUUACGAGAACAACUAUGUUCCUGGUGUCAUGGACUCGUUGGAUACCCAGAUUUUUGGCAGAAUCCUCCCUCCAUACAUGCUUGAAGGAAACAAAAAGCAGGCUGCUGCUUCCCAGGGCAUGAACCAGAUGGAUAUGGAUUUCAAUGCCGAAGACAAGCCAGAAGAAAUGAUGAACAACUUGGGCUUGGACGAGCUUGAAAACAUGCCUUUUGCCAACACUUUCGACAACCUCGACCCAUACAACCUUAAUUACUAA